AAUAUUUACACUAGAAAGCAAAGAUUAUGUUAAUUACAUACGCAAUGUAUAUAAGAACGCUUAAAUGGAUAAAGUCAAUUGAAUAAUCUCAUUAUGUAUAUAACCUUUUGUAUCUUGUGGUUAGGGUACAUAACCAAGUAACUAUAUUAUCAGGAUUAGGCUUUAUUGUAGAUAUUUCACUUCAACGUAGUAUCAAUAACUAAUGUUGAGAAAAAAAUAUAUAGUAAUACAGACUGCGAAGUUAAGUUUUGCAGCCAUCAAUAUCGUAUAUGAAAAUGAAUAUUCAUGGAGUAACAUCACUUAUAAUGAAACCUUACCAGGUACCGUUGCUUUAACGAAUGCUGUUCAACAAUACAAGGAUGCUGAUCGAGUUGUCAUUUAUACUGCUGGUAUGAUGACCAUUGUUGCUCAAACUCUUUCACUUUAGAUUUACCAAAAGAUGCUGGUGGAUUACACUGCUGGAACUGGUACUCCAAUUGUUAACGAUAUGAACACUGAUAUCAAUUUAAUUCAAGACCCAGAAGCCGCUCAAAUGGUCUUAACUGCCAAUUGGUCCUCUAUUGUCAUUGGUUCUAAUGUUACCAAUUACUUAGUUCCAUCUCAAGAAUUAUAUGAUCAAAUCAUUGAUAGAGCUGGUGGAUUAGAUGUUAUCCAAAACAACACUUACUUAUCCCCAUUAUUAGAUAUUUUAUAUACCGGUAACUUUACCGAAAAUAAAAUUGAAUCUGACGACCAAGACACUUUACCAUAUUGUGAUCAAGUUGUUUCUGAUUAUCUUGCCUUCCCAGAAUUAGUUACCAGUACUUCAUAUCCUUCCUUGCAUUUAAUUAAUAGAUCAGUUUAUCUCAAGUAUCAAUAACUUUUUUGAAUCGUUUCAUUAAUAUGACAAUCAAUCUCAUUUGGUAUAUUGAUUUUAUAUUCGUUGGUUAUAAGCUAUAUU